AUGAUCGGCCCACUUGACUCUCCCCCAUUCCCUGCAUACCGCAUCAAUCCCAUUGGUAUAGCGGUCCGUAAGUAUUCAGGUAAAAAAUGCCUUAUAAUCGACUUGUCAGCCCAUAACUCCCACGUGCCAAGUCUCAAUAGCCUUAUUCCCAGUUCAGACUUCUCCCUCCACUAUGCCACAAUCGACCAUGCCAUUUCUCUCAUCAAAAUCGCAGGUCAGGGCGCCUGCCUUGCUAAUGACGACAUCUCCAGUGCCUUUAAAGUUAUGCCUCUCGACCCAGACUUCUGGCACCUCUUUGAAGUUCAUUGAUGGAACAAGUUCUUCUUCGCAGUCCGCCUUACUUUCAGAUGCAGGAGUAGCCCAAAAAUUUUCGAUACCUUAGCCGAAGAUCUCUGCUGGAUCCUCUUGAAUAACUAUAGGCUUCAUUUUCUUGUCCACCUUCUCGAUGAUUUCCUUACCAUAGAUUUUCCUCACGCCCCACCCGCAAGAGCCUCUUCCACACUUACUUCCGUUUUCGGGAAACUAGGGGUACCUCUCGCCACAGACAAAACAACCAGUCCCUCUCAUAUAAUCCAAUUCCUCGGGAUCACCCUCAAUUCCAUCAAUUUCUCCGACUCCCUGCCUCGCGACAAGAUCGACAGGAUCCAGACGUAUAUCUCUACCUAUUCUUCCGCCAAAUCUUGCACAAAGAGGGAACUUCUCUCUCUGCUCGGCCACCUCAAUUACACCAUGGAUAUCAUUCCUCAAGGACGGUCAUUCAUCUCCUACCUUCUCGACCUCGCCUCAUCCGUGUCCUCUUCUUACCACCACGUAAGCCUUUCAGCCGACUGCAAAUCCGAGCUCAGGCUUUGGCAGCUUUUCUUGGCCAACUGGAAUGGCAUAUCUCUCUUCUACGAUGACCUCCUCUCCGACGCUGAGGAUAUCCAGUACGAGCAUCCACCACCAAAGUAUACCUGUGCGGCAUCCACUUCUUCCAUAAACGCCUUUUCGGCACGACCUGUCCCUCCCUUAUCCACCCUCAAAUUAGUCUCCUGCUUAAAGGCUUUCAGCGCCCUGAAAAACCACUUCCGAACCAACGUGCACCACUUACCUCGGACAUCCUCGAAUCCUGCAUCUGUGUUCUCAGGUCGGGUUACUCGGGUCGACUGCACUCUCAAAUCUUUAUUCUUGUUAGCCUUCUUCGGCUUCCUAAGAUGCUCUGAAAUUACUGCUGCUUCCACAUCCUUCGAUCCUUCUUCUCAACCCUGCUUAUCCGACAUCUUCGUCUUAUCUUCCGAUACACAGACCUUCUAUCUCAAGAAAAGCAAAACCGACCAACUCGGGUCCGGCACUCUCAUCUAUUAUUUCAAACUCUGUUCAUACGUAAGCCCAUACGAGCCUCGAUCCCAUUACGUACAUCUUCGCACCUCUGCCGGAGCUUUGCCUAUUGACCCUCUGUUCGUAAACGAGAAGGGCCGUAUCGUGACCCGCAACUGGUUCCUCUCUCACCUCUAUGACAUCCUUCUAACCACCGGAUACCCCCCUGAACAAUUCCCCGGGCACUCCUUCAGAUCAGGGACUGUGUCCUCUGCCGCUCACCAAGGCAUACCCGAGUAUCUCAUCAAGCAACUCGGCCGUUGGUCCUCCGAGGCUUAUCAAAUACAUCAAAACUAA